AAGUAUGUCAAUGGGACUCUUUGCACCUGCAAUUGCUCUGAAUCAAGUAAUGAACAUCGACAUGCUGAUUUCCAUCCUUGUGAUCGGUGCCAUCUGUACAUUCUACACGGCUAUCGGCGGUCUUAAAGCAGUGAUGUGGACCGAUACGUUCCAAAUGGUGAUUAUUAUGGGUGGAAUAAUUGCCGUUCUAGUGCAAGGAUCAGAGGAGGUCGGCGGAUUCAAUAAAAUAUGGGAAACAGCUAAAGACGGGGGUAGACUGGAUAUAGUUAAUUUUGAUCCCAGCCCUUUAGAGAGGCAUACGUUUUGGACGUUAGUGAUAGGCGGAGGAAUAACUACAUUAACUGUCUAUGCCGGGAACCAGGCCAUGGUACAAAGAUACCUCAGUAUGGAGUCAAUCAAGAAAGCUCAAAUCGCCCUGUAUCUACAGUUGCCCGCCGGAGUUAUAGUGACAACGCUGUUUGUGUAUGCCGGACUACUUUUAUUUGCCAAAUAUCCAGUUGAUCCUAUCUCAGACUGCACUAUAUCGCUUCCCGACCAGUUAAUACCAUGGCUGGUAAUAGAUGUAUUAGGGGACUUCCCAGGCUUACCUGGAGUUCUUCUGGCCUGUAUAUUCAGCGCAUCUCUGAGUACGGUUUCGUCCGGUAUAAAUGCAAUAGCCUUGGUAUUCAUGGCAGAUAUCGUCCAACCUGCAUAUCUGGCUAUAAAAGGAAAAACUCUCAAAGAACCUAAAGCAACUAUAGUCUCCAAAUUUAUAGCAAUUAUCAGUGGCGGUGUAACAAUAGGUCUAGCUUUUAUUGCUGAGCUGUUUGGGGAUUUAAUUCUACAAGUUGCUCUUAGUAUUUAUGGUAUGAUUGGAGGUCCAUUGCUCGGUGUGUUUGUGUGCGCCAUGUUUAUACCAAUGGUCAAUGAAUGGGGAGCUGUCAGUGGGCUUCUUGUUGGAUUAGCUAUGUCAUCAUGGCUGUCUGUCGGUUCAAUUAUGAUGGCAAAUGACAAUAGGCCUCCACCGCCGGUAUGCUCUGCACCCGAUAACGUCAUCGGCAAUAUGACAAACAUGACGUCAGUAAUGACGUCAGUAGUGACGACAUCAAUGACAACAAUGAUAGACAAUUCUACAGGCCCAGUAGAGCUGGAGUCAUUAAGCCGGUUAGAGAUGUUUUACAGUCUAUCAUAUCUCUGGUACAGCGCUUUUGCUGUUUGUGUGGUGAUUUUAGUGGCUGUUCCAGUCAGUUGUAUUACAGUACAAUAA